AGCCCUUGGAGCCCGGCGUCCUUAAAACCUUUCUGAAACAGGGAGGUUCCAGAAAAGAACUCCACUCCAAUCAGGUCACAAUGGCAGGAGCGCUGAAGGGCCCGCGUCCCCAGCCCGUGAGCCAGGAGGAGAGGAGGAAGUCUAAGGAGAGAUGGCCAGCAGUCACCCUUACUUCAACCUGCCCGACUUCACCCAGCCGUCACCACCCUCCACUCCACCCAGCCUCCCCUCCAACCAGCGAUUCCGGCCUUCUGAUGUCACCAAGGGGCUGCUCGUGGCCCUGCUGGGUGGGGGCCUUCCUGCUGGCUUCGUGGGACCCUUCUCCCGUAUGGCCUACCAAGCUUCCCACUUGCCCUCACUGGAGCUGCUCAUCUGCCGCUGCCUCUUCCAUCUCCCCAUUGCCCUGCUACUUAAACUGCGUGGCGACCCCCUGCUGGGUCCUCCUGAUGUCCGGGGCCGGGCCUGCCUCCAUGCCAUCCUCAACGUUCUCAGCAUUGGAUGUGCCUACAGUGCAGUGCAGGUGGUGCCUGCUGGCAAUGCUGCCACUGUUCGCAAAGGUUCUUCCACCGUCUGCUCGGCUCUCCUUGCCCUCUGCCUGGAGAGCCAGGGCCUCAGCGGCUACGACUGGUGUGGCCUUUUGGGCAGUACCCUGGGACUAAUCAUCAUUGUGGGACCUGGGCUAGGAACACUGCAGGAGGGGACCACAGGUCUCUACACCGCCAUGGGCUAUGUGCUGGCUUUCUUGGGGGGUCUGGCGCUGUCUCUGGGGCUUCUGGUGUAUCGCUCCCUGCACUUCCCUUCCUGCCUACCGACCGUGGCCUUCCUGUUUGGCCUGGUGGGGCUGGUGGGCUCCGUGCCGGGGCUCUUUGUGCUGCAGACACCGGUUCUGCCGAACGACCCCCUGAGUUGGAGUUGCGUGGGGGCGGUGGGGAUCCUCGCCCUGGUCUCCUUUGUGUGUGUCAGCUAUGCAGUCACGAAAGCCCACCCGGCCCUGGUGUGUGCUGUCUUGCACUCGGAGGUGGUGGUGGCCCUGAUGCUUCAGUAUUAUGUGCUCUAUGAGACAGUGGCACCUUCUGACAUCAUGGGGGCAGGAGUUGUAUUGGGCAGCAUUGCCAUCAUCACUGCCCAGAACCUCAGCUGUGAGAAGGAAGAGAAGAAGGAGGAGGAGUGAGAUCACACUUGAGCACCUGGGGGUGGGGGUGGGGGCAGGGUAAAUAGGAGGAGAGGCUGGAGUACAUACAGGGAAGAACAGGUGACUGAAAAACAACUGGCAUGGGAGAGGGACCACCCUCAGAGUCAUGGGGUGACCAGACCUGGAGCAAAUUUGGAGAACAAGACGUGGAGUCUAGGCUAGGUGGUGGGAACUACAAAGGGCAUCAUAAGGCGCAAGAUCUGAGGAGCUGAUCAAGGGACCUAAGGCUUUUGUGGGUUGAGGCAGGGUAGGAUUGCCCUAGCAGCCUUGGGGUUGGAGUGUUUGGGGUGUUUAGAGCAAGCAGCAGGACAGGGGAGGAGGGGAGAGUGCCUUACCCCCUCCGGCCCCCCCACUCCAUGCCGCAGCCCCACCCAGCCUGCUUGGUUUCACUUCUUCGUGGUUGUGUCCCCCUCCUUGGGCUGGCGCUGUGACAUUGACAUCAAACAAGGAUCACUCUGAAUGUGACUGUGGCGUCGGUGUCAUCUGUUUGCGGGAACGUGGAAGUCCUACACCGCACUAACCGAAGAAGAAUCCCUUAGGAAUCCUCCAGUCUGAUUCCUGAAACUCUUCUGGAAGGAGGAGGAGGUCCUCAUAUUCAGAUUCUUUGACCCAGAAUCCCCCAGGACUUUCGCGGCCCGCCCCGUGGCUAAUCUGCUUUUCCCGGAUGGUGGCGGUCCCAUGAUCUCUCCCGGACAGGGGCCGGCUUGCUUCGGGGGUCCGGCCUCUGAGCUGAGGCUUCUUCGAGCGGCUCCGGCCUGGUGUCUUGAGCCAAGACUCUGUACAGCGCUCCCCUAAAGGCAAAGCACACCCGUCUCCGAAGGCCGCUCGACAAAGAUCGGCUACUUCCGGACCAGCAAAAGGCCUCGCCAUCUUGAUCUGUUUAUGAAUAUUUAGCGAACUUACUGCAUAUUCAUGAUUGAAGACGGCCCCAGAACUGCCCCCACCCCCGGGAACCCACUGGAAAACCCGACCGGCCCCGCCUCCUUCAUUACCGAUUCGCAGAAGAGACCAUUUUCUAGCUGGGGGAGGGGGGACAUUUCAUGAGAGACUUUUGCUGAAGAUGAAAUUAUACUCCAAACGAAUAAAAGUGGCCUGUAUUUAUUCUA